AUGCUGGAGAAGAAUGCAGACGAUGUGUUUAAGAAGCUGCAGAAUAUGACCAACAACACCAAAGCCUUCAACAGUGUCCCCAACCUGAAGACGUCUGUCACUGUCAUCUCCACCAUGAGCACCAAGCUGAGCAAUCUGAGCAACCAGACCACUGUCAAUAACUUCCUCCUUUCUGCCAGUAACCUUCUGGAGCAGCCUCUGAACAACUCCUGGGAGUUGUCCUCUAAGGACACCAAAACGCCGUUAGCGGCGGAGUACCUGAUCGCCGUGGAGCACCUGAUCGACAACGCCAACGUCACACACCCCGAUACCCAGAAUAACCUGCAGGUGCGCAGCUGCCACGGCGUCUCCUGCAGCAACAAGGUCUUCAACAACAGCGUGACCGUCUCCACAGGCCACGGCGCCGCCAUCACAACCACCGGGUUCUUAAACCUGGCAAACUUCCUGCCCAACAACCUCGAGCAGGAAUACAGCCUGAACAGCAUCGUCAUCUCCACCACAGCUAGGGCUGAGAGCGUGGCUGGGAAAGCACAGGGAGGCGCACAGGGAGGCGCACAGGGAGGCGCACAGGGAGGCGCAGGCGUGGGGGAAGUCGACAUCACCAUAGACUUUGCUCUGAUUGGCCCGCGGCGCCGUAACCACAAACUAAUAUGUGUAUUCUGGAAGACGGACAAGUGGUCAGAAGAGGGCUGCGAGCUGCAGAGCGAGGGCCGCUGCCGCUGCCACCACCUGUCCUCGUUCGCCGUGCUCAUGUCCAAGGCGCCGUUAGAGGUGCCGUACCUGACGCAGAUCACGUACGCCGGCCUGUCCGUGUCCAUCGUGUCUCUGGUGGCGUUCCUGGUGGUGGAGCUGGUGAUCUGGCGAGACGUGGUGAAGACGGACACGCUGCACAUGCGGCACUGCGCCCACGUGCACAUAAGCGUGUGCCUGCUGGUGGCGGACGUGUGCUUCCUGGCGGCGGCGCUGCCCGGGGAGUUGUCGGCCGUGUGGUUGCUGACGUUCGUGGUGCUGCAGCACUUCUGUUACCUCGCCAUGUUCUUCUGGACGCUGUGCCUCAGCUGCGUGCUGAUGCAUAAGACGGUGUACGUGUCUCUGCGCGGCGCCGGCCGCACGGCGUACAUGCGCUUCUCGCUGCUGCUCGGCUACGUGAGCCCGCUCCUCAUCGUCGUGGUUACCUUUCUGGCCAAUGACGGCGCAGACGGACGGUACUACUCCAAGGAAACGCGCUGGCUGGUGUACGACGGCCUGUUAAAAGGCUCCAUCUUCACCUUCAUCAUCCCUGUGUGCAUCAUCGUCUUCAUCAACCUGUUCUUCAUGGUGCUGGUGAUCCUGAAGCUGCUGCAGAGCGCGGCGGCGCAGCCCACGGCGGAUCCAGAGAAGAAUUCUGUGAAAACCGUCAUCCGCUCCGUGGUACUGCUCACGCCGGUGUUCGGCCUCACCUGGGUCUUCGGGUUCUUCAUAAUCCUCUUCGACCUGACGAAGGGACCAGGGGCGUACGCUGCUAACUACCUGUUCACCAUCAUGAACGCCUUCCAGGUACGUCUCCAUGGUAAUCGUAAGUACCAGAGGGUGGGCUGCAGUGUGAGUGUGAGAGACUUCAGGACCAGUUUUAGGACCGGGGUGGUCUUCUUGGCGCUGGUUUCGUCUCUCAGACCAGGUCUGGACCUGUCCCGGGCCUCACAGAGGAGCAACCUGCAGAACCUGGAGGAGGCUUUCAGCGCCGCGGAGAGGGACCUCCACAUCCCACGACUGCUGGAGCCACAUGACAUCGAUGUCCGAGACCCAGAGGAGAAGUCCAUCAUGACCUACGUGUCCCAGUUCCUGCAGUACUCCAGAGACCUGCCCCAGGACCAGGACCUGGACCAGGACCCGGACCAGACUUUUGCUCCGAAAAGUCCUUCUCCUGUGAACCUCCCGUCUCACUUCACCCCCGCCAUCUCUGCGUCUCCUCUCCGACAGGUGAACCCAGACAGAAAGGCUCAGGAGCUGACCAUGUGGCUGCACCAGGCGCACGAGGAGCUGCUGGAGGAAUGGGACUCUACAGAGGGAGAGACCUACGCCGAGAGAUACCAGGGGGUACAGACGUUCCUGGUCUCCUUUAACGAACACAGACGUCCCAUCAUGCCUCUGCUCACGACCAUGAAGAGGACGCCCCAACUGACCCAGGACCAGAGGGCACUGCGGCGAGCCUGGGACACCAUCACUGAGAAGCUGCAGGAGCUCAGGAUAGAGCUUGACUCCUCGUUGCCUCCUCCUCUCAACGCUGUGGCCCAGUGGCUCCUCCAGGCGGAGUCUGUGCUCUACGAGGACCAGAAGGAGCAACACAACCACCAGAGGGCUGCAGAGGAGGCGCAGGAGAAGCAGGAGAUACUAAAGACCUCCUUGGAGCAGAUGCCGGAGCAGCUGAAGACUUUUCAGAACUUCCAGAAUCUGGACGAGUUCGGGAACCUCCUGUUUGUCAUGACGAAGCUGAAAGAGGCAGAUGUUGACUCCCUGGGUCCAACUCCAGACUGUCCUGUGGAGCAGCUGCACAAACUCAAACUGGCCGCUCCAGAAGUGCUGCAGACCCUGUGUGAGGCAGAGCAGGUCUGUACCGAGCUGCAGCUUCAGGUCUCUGCUCUGGACACUCGUUUGGCUGAAGUUCUUCAUUGGGAAACUGAAGCCAGAGACCUGUACAAGCUGCUGAAGAACCAGGACCUGAGGAACCAGGACCUGAGGAACCAGGACCUGAGGAACCAGGACCUUCAGAACCAGGAACUGAAGAACCAGGAGCCUAGACCCUGUCGAGGCCUGGAGCCGCGCAAUCAAGACCCCCGCGUCCGGGCGCUGGUGUCGCGGGGCCUGCAGCUGGAGGGGCAGGUGGUCACUGAGGAGCAGGACCUACACCUGGUCGUCAUGAACCAUCAGAAAACAUCACCGCUGCAGUUUCUCCACCUCUCAGCUCUGCAGGAGAGAGUGAGGGCCGUGGUCCAGAUAUCCCAGGAGGCUGUGGGGAUGCUGAGCAGUCUGAGUCUGAGGCGUGAGCGGAGCCCCUCGUACGGACCCCCUCCUCCCAAAGUCUUCAUCCAGUCCAAACCCGAGUCCGGCUCCAGGACUGAGGAGACCUCAGUCUCCUCUCAGACCAGUCACACACAGGUCACUCCCACCAUCAUUGUGCACCAGGCCACAUCUCCCGUCGCCUCUUACUCCUACGCACAAGCUGUGAGCGGAGCUAAACCAGCGGCAGACGUCACCGCCGACGUCUUCACCCAGAGGGUCUUCACUGAGGGGGUCUCACAGGGUUCAGCCCAGGAGCAGAGAGCUAUCAAAGAGCUCAAAGAAGACCAUUCAACCCAGGAGCAGAGAGCUAUCAGAGAGCUCAAAGAAGACCAUUCAACCCAGGAGCAGAGAGCUAUCAGAGAGCUCCAACAAACAGACAACCAAGAAGACCUCUCUCCAUGGCGUCAAGACCUGCGAUCACAAAGUGCAUUUUCCUCAGAUGGCCACAAACACAGAGAGACGAUGGAGAGGCCGCAGCUGCCCGAUGUGGUCACCAGCGUGAACCUGCAGGAUAACGUUGUGGAGAAGGAGCUGGUGGAGCGGGUCGCGGUGAGGAGGACCAUGACCUCGCAGGAACUUAAAGCCAGGAAGGCACAGGGGAUGAGGAACCGGCCGUGGCUCCAGAAGACGCUGUCGGGCAGUGGCCAGAGGUCUCAGGAUACAGGUCAAGAGCUUGUCAAAAGUACAGCUCAGUUUGAGGAGCCAGGGCAGCAGCAGAUGCCACAUCCUGCCAGAGCACCUCCUGCCAGAGCACCUCCUCCUAUGUCUCAGCCUGAAGUACAGCCUGGAGAACCUGUCCAGUGUCAGAGCAGACACACACAGCAGACACACACAGUGCAUACUCUGGGACACAUCCAAACACAGGUGCAGCCUUUAGCUCAAAGUGCCACCACACAGCAGCUAACAGAGCCGCCAGCAGCAAUGUGGGGUCAGGGCACCGCUUCCCCAGUAAGAUCGCAGCACAUUCAGCUGAGGAGCCAUCCUCAGACCUGGGCCCCUGUGAGGCCACCUUCCCCCAGAAGAGCUCCACAAAGUCAGCUCCGAAGGCCAGAGAGGGAGGGGGCCCAAGCCCUGCACCAAGAGGCUGCAAGUGGGGCUCCGAGUCUAGACAGAGCGGGACCUCAGCCACACAUGCAGACGCAUGUGCAGCCGCAGAUUCAAAAGCAAACACAGCUUGUCCUUCAGUCGAACGUCCAAACCCCUGAAAGAGCAGGACCACAAGGACACAUGAAGCAGGACACACUCGGAUCUCAGCACUUCUCACAGCCGAUGCCAUCGCAGCCGUGGAUGCCCUACAGGGGACCAUCACCAGUGCCUGCCCAGCCUCCUCCUGUUGGCCAGGCGUAUCCAAGCACGUACCCAAAGCAGAUGCCACAGGAGCCGGCCGGGCCCCUUCCCAGGCAGCAGACCCCUCAGCAGGUUCCCCAAGCUGCUGCACCAGUGCAAGGGUAUCAGCAGUGGAGCGGACAGGGUUAUAACACUGGCUUCAGUCCUCAGUGGGGACAGGAACAGGGGAGGCCGGCCAGUCCCCUGCAUUACGGCCCGUUCUGUGGGUCGCAAACACAACAGACAUGGACUCCGCAGUCGUCUUUGCCGCCUCCUUAUUCACAAUCACAGAACUAUCCACUGUAUCAGGCGCCUCUGCCUCCAGUGUACCCACAAUACACUCCAUCUCAACUCAAUGUUACACACUUCACACAGCAGCUGCCACCGCUGCCACCCCCACAGCUGCCACCGCUGCCACCCCCACAGCUGCCACCGCUGCCACCCCCACGGCUGCCACAGCUUCCACCACCACAGCUGCCACCCCCACAGCUGCCACCGCUGCCACCCCCACAGCUGCCACCGCUGCCACCCCCACGGCUGCCACAGCUUCCACCACCACAGCUGCCACCCCCACAGCUGCCACCGCUGCCACCACCACUGCUGCCACAAACACAGCUGCCACCACCACAGCUGCCACAAACACAGCCGCCACAAACACAGCUGCCACCACCACAGCUGCCCAGAGGUGACUGGAGAUCCGCAGUAGAGUCUGGACCCCUGCUGAAGGUGAAGGCAGCAGCAGAGGAGCUGAGGGGAUCAGAGUCUGAGCCUGUGGGUCCGCCUCAGACAGAGUCACAGACAAAGCACCAAGUCAAACCACACACUAUCACUCUGCCUCAGCCCAGACCAGGACCCAGACCUCCCCAAGACCAGACCACCCCGUGUCCUGCUCUGCCUCAGCCCAGACCAGGACCCAGACCUCCCCAAGACCAGACCGCCCCGUGUCCUGCUCUGCCUCAGCCCAGACCUCCGCUGGUGAACAUCGUACCUCCACACGACGUGGAUUCUCCGGCCAGUUGUGACCUUCCUCCAGCCCUGGCCCAGGCCCCACCCCAGGCCUACACUGAGGCCUACCUGAAGGCCCAAGCCCUGGCCAGGAACGGCUUUGAGGAGGCCAAGCACUGUCUGCAGGAGCACAUCAGGGAGAACAUCAACCUGAUCGAGGACAAGGAGGUGACAGCGGAGAAGCAGACCGCCAAGGAGACCUUGCGGGGCCUGGAUCCUGAGCUCCUGGAGGAGUUCCUGAGAGCUGCCAAAGGGAUGGAGGCGUUCUGCACCUCCUCCCAACUGAGAGACCUGGACCUGUUCACCCAAUCUGUCACACAGCAGUGGGAGACCCUCUCCCUCUCCGGAGUCUCCCUCCCCCCUCUGAAGGCCCUGUGUGAGACCCUGAGUCCUGAAGACUCCCUCAGACUGGAGCAGACUCAGCUCCGUGAGUGUGAGACCAGACUGAUGGCCAUCCAGCGCCAGUACAGCGGCGAGCAGGAGCCGGGCGCCACGGUGACACGGAUCUCUGCAGCCUUCAGUGAAGACCUGCCCCGAGACCUGCCCGGAGACCUGCCCAGAGACCUGCCCAGAGACCUGCCCCGAGACCUGCCCAGAGACCUGCCCCGAGACCUGCCCAAAUCCAGCGACAAGCCUGCGGAGGAGGAGUUGGAAGAGAAUGAGGUGCAGGAGAAGGAGGUGCAGGAGGAGGAGGUGUCCCAAAGUGAAGCUCUGGAAAAGUAUGAGAGCUCUAAGCUUUUGCUUCAGACCCAGAUGUUAAAGAUUGAACAGAGCUUUAAGGACGUGUCCUCAGACUCUGUGUCUCUGACAGGACUCCACAGCAGACUGCAGGAGAUACAGUUCUUGCGGCAGGACACCGAGGCUCUGUGGGCAGACUACAUUUCCCAGAGUACACCUCUGCCCUGGGUGGGGGCUGAGAGGGCGGAGCUUCAGCAGCAGUGGUGUCAGCAGCAGCAGAGGCUGCAGUCCCGCGGCAGCUCCCUGGGGGCAGCACUGAGGCAGAUAGACUCCACAGAGAACCACAUGGUGGACUUCACCGACCGACUCCACCGCUUCCUACGGCAACCGAAGGACACGAGCGGCUUCAGCCUGGCCAACUCCAGCCUGCUCAAGGACAUCCAGGACCUGGAUGAGAACCUCCAGAGUGAGCUGGAGCAGCUGUCCCUGGUCUCGGACUGUUCUGGUUUGGACCCCAGGGACCGGCCCCCUCUGUCCCUGGAGGUGGAGGGUCACAGGUCUAGUCUGCAGCAGCUCCGGCAGCAGGUCCAGAAGAGCGAGGCUGCAGCUCGAGCUCUGGUCCACUUCCUGCUGUCGCUGAGGACUGUGGACCAGGACAUCACCGCUGUGCAGAGUGCCCCCUGCCCUGGAGAUGUGAAGGCCCUAAGUGUGAUCCGUCAGAGCAUCGACAGCCUCAAAGCCAAAGCUCCACAACUGGAUGUUCUCCUUCAGGGAGCUCGCCUCAGCGUGACCCAGGACUCAGAGCCCACUUCCUGCCUGCACAUGGUGUCAGGGUUGGUGCUGAGGCUGGAGGAGGUGGAGGCCAGUCAGAGGGAUCUCAAGACCCAGGAGGAGGUGCAAACCAGUCUGAGGGAUCUGAAGACCCAGGAGGAGGUGCAAACCAGUCUGAGGGAUCUGAAGACCCAGGAGGAGGUGGAGGCCAGUCUGAGGGAUCUGAAGACCCAGGAGGAGCUGCAAACCAGUCUGAGGGAUCUGAAGACCCAGGAGGAGGUGCAAACCAGUCUGAGGGAUCUGAAGACCCAGGAGGAGGUGCAAACCAGUCUGAGGGAUCUGAAGACCCAGGAGGAGGUGGAGGCCAGUCUGAGGGAUCUGAAGACUCAGGAGGAGGUGCAAACCAGUCUGAGGGAUCUGAAGACCCAGGAGGAGGUGCAAACCAGUCUGAGGGAUCUGAAGACCCAGGAGGAGGUGCAAACCAGUCUGAGGGAUCUGAAGACCCAGGAGGAGGUGGAGGCCAGUGUGAGGGAUCUGAAGACCCAGGAGGAGGUGCAGACCAGUCUGAGGGAUCUGAAGACCCAGGAGGAGGUGCAAACCAGUCUGAGGGAUCUGAAGACCCAGGAGGAGGUGCAAACCAGUUUGAGGGAUCUGAGGACCCAGGAGGAGGUGGAGGAGGCCAGUCUGAGGGAUCUGACCCAGGCCAGUCUGACAGUAGAAGAGAGAGGAGAGAAGAGAGGAGAGAGGACUGAUGGAAGCUGUAGUGAUCUGAAGAAACUGGAAGAUCUGGGACCAAGGCCCAAAGAAGAAACAGAUGGAGGCCAGAGAGAAGAGCAGAGACUGGGCGGGCUGAGAGAGCAGCCACAGCCGCAGCCACAGCCGCAGCCACAGGUGCAGCCACAGCUGCAGACACAGCCACAGACACAGCCGCAACCACAGCUGCAGCCACAGCCACAGCUGCGGACACAGCUACAGACAAAACUGCGGCCACAGCUGCAGACACAGCCACAGACAGUGCCGCAGACACAGCCGCAGACACAGCCACAGACAAAACUGCAGCCACAGCUGCAGACACAGCCUCCCUGCAGGUCCACUGGUCUGAGGAAGAGAGCGCUGAUGAGUGAUCUCCGUAAACUGCAGGAUGCGGUGGAGUCACAGGAGCUGAAGGAGCCCACCCUGCCAGCUCUGCAGCAGAGACUCAGGUCUCUCUCAGACCUGGACUCGCAGCUCCAGUCCCUUCAGCCUGAGCUCCUCAGUCUCUCUGAGAUUCAGGAUUCCCAGGGGUCGCUACGGGAAGAUCUCCUCGACGAGGUGCAGCGACAGUGGGACGAGACCUGCAGAGCACUGGCCUCCAGGAGGCAGCAGUGCAGUGUCCUCUCGGAGUCACUGAAGUCCUUCCAGAGUCUCAGAGCAGACGUCAGGUCCAGUCUGCAGAGAGCGGAGACCACUGUGGGAGAGACGGCCUCCUACAUGGGACGGGACAACCUGCAGAAGACCAUCACCAAGGUCCUGCAGGUGAAGCAGCUCCUGUGCUCUCUGUCAGCUCCCAUAGAGCAGCUCAGAGCAGUGUGCAGACACCUCCACAGUCACCUGAAGGAGACCCAGUGUGAACACAGUCAGUACCACAGAGAAGCAGAGGCUCUCAUGGACUCAUGGCUGGAUGUGACAGAGCGCACAGAGCUGUGCAGUGAGAACCUACAAGUGGCGCUGCAGCUUUGGGACAAACAGCUGCUGUUGGGGUCAGAGGUCGAAGCCUGGGCCACAAACAAACUGGAACUGUUCGCUGUCAGUCACCCCUUCCACCAGGAGGCGCAGGUCCAGGCCAUGAGGGAUGAGAUCAACAAACAUGAGGAGAACAUGAAACAUUUCCACAAGAAGUCUGCACAGAUACAGGAGGUGCUGAGGAGCCAGGAACCUCCUCUGGAGCUGCAGGUGAUGGGCACCUCCCUGAGGAGGCGCAUGGAGCAGGUGAAGGAGCUGUUUGCAGACUGCACAGAUGUGUUCCAGGAGCUGAUGGCUGUGAAGAAACAUCUGACACAGAGACUGGAGGAGAACCAGGAGGCGCUGGAGCACCUCCAGACAAAGAUCUGUGGGAGCGACGUCCUCCUGCAGGAGGUGUGUGAGGAGGUGCAGUCUCUGGAGCAGCAGAGCGAGGCCGUGCUGAAGGAGGUGUCUCUGGUCUCCUCCGUGGCCUCCCCUCAGGCUCUGGAGGCGCUGGCUGAAGACUGCAUUAGGCUCCGACAGACUCUGACCCGGACCAAGGAGAUGCUCCUCCUGAGGAGAGAGGAGGCGCAGCAAGGCCUGCUCCAAGUCUUGCAAGACGAGCGUCAUUCCUUCGAGCAGUGGUUCCAGGAUCAACAGUUUUCAGUAAACGAGUGUUUUGAGAGUGUUCCAGAAAGUUCUGCAGACGUCACCAGCUCCAUCCACAGACUGAAGAGUUUCUUGAAGAGCUCAGAGCCAGAGAGGCGUCUGCAGCAGCUGCGCUCUCAGCUGCAGCGAGGACAGAAGCAGCAAGACCAGCAGCAGGACCAGCAGCAGGACCAGCAGCAGGGCCAGCUGCAGGACCAGCAGCAGGACCAGCAGCAGGAGCUGAAGGAGGUGCAGGACUUCCUCCAGGAGCAGCAGAAGGAGGUGGACACGUUCAGAAGACACUGUGAGGGACGUCUGCAGCAGAUGGAGGAGCUGCAGGAGCUUCUGCAAAGGCUUCAGAGACAACACAACAGACUGAGGGAGUGGCUGCAGAUGCAGGAGCAGGCGUCCUCUGCCCCAGGGCGGCUGCGACUUCAGGAGCUACAGGACGCAACAGUGGGAGUGGGAGCUCUCUCAGCGUUACUGAGCUCCGUGCAGAGACAGGGAGUGAGAGGAGACGCUCUGCUCCGAGACUGUGACCUACUGCUCCAGAGGUUCUCCCAGCUGCAGAAGACAGUCCAAGACCAAGUCCAGACCCAAGACCAGGCCCAGGCUCAGGCCCCGGACCAGACCCAGGACCAGGCCCAAGACCAGGCUCAGGCCCAUAACCAGACCUGCCUUGAGUUAGACCGCUUCAAGAGCAAGAGCGAAGAGACCAGGACCUGGAUCAGACAACUGCAGCAGCCAAUCAGCUCCAAGAAGACAGAGGGCCAGGAGACCAAAGACCAAGCUGAGACCGUGCUGAAGUCCAGAGCUGAGGGAGACUGCAGAGUGGAGGAUCUGAGGGUCCAGAGUCAGACCCUGUUGGACCGGAGUCUGGACCAGAACCAGGUCUGUGAGGUCCAACAGCAGAUGAGAGAGACCGACGAGUCCUUGAUGUCUGCUCUGGAUCAGAUCCAGUCCUCCCUGAAGACCAUAGAGACCAGAACUCAGAAAGACCAGCUGUACCAGGACCUGGAUCAGUUCAAGGACCAGAGCGACUCGGCCCAGGCCUGGAUCUCAGACCAGGAGGAGCAGAGGAGGAGUCUGAGACUGCUGCAGACGGACCAGAAGCUUCAGCUGGCUCAGUCUCUGGUCAGCUGCAGACCUGUGGGAGACUCUCUGCUGCUGCAGUUGAGGCUCUUGGCUCAGACUUUGGUUCAGAGCCCACUUCUCGACGCUCCUCAGAGCCGGCUGGUGGAGGCCGCGAUGAAGGAGGCGGAGGAGCAGUGGAGCGCUGUGUUUGCUGCUGCAGAGGAGGCGCUAAAGGAGGCGCAGAGGGAGGAGGCCACUCUCCGAGAGUACGAGGCCUUCAGGGAGACCGGGGCACAGCUGCAGAUCUGGGUCCAGGAGCAGAGGCAGCGGGUCUCCCUGGGGGGUCCUCAGACGGGUCCUGACAGGCUGCAGCUGGCACGGUCCGUCCUCAGCUCCCGUCCUGAAGGGGAGGCGCGCCUGCAGGAGCUCAGCAGACAGGCCCAGACCCUGGUUCAGAGCCUGGAGCUGGACCUCCCUCUGAGAGCGGAGGUGCAGAGGGUUCUCCUUGAGGUGCAGCAGCAGUGGAACAGCACUGUGCAGCUCGCCUCCCAGAGCGAGCUCCGAACCCUCAACCACGACUUCACCCAACUCAGCCUCAGCACCCAGGCCUGGAUCAGGGAGCAGCACCUCCUCCUGCAGGGAGCCAGAGGGAGGAGCCCCAGGGAGGAACUACACACAGCACAGAUGGUGCUGGGUUCCAAGCCUGACGGAGACUGCAGUGUGAACAACCUUCGCAGACGAGGACAGAGUCUGAAGGAUCACGAACAUCUGAGCGAGGAGAGGAGACAGCACCUCCAGGAGACCGUCUCCCAGACCGAGGAGCAGUGGAGGAGCCUGCUCCAGUCCGCCAAGGAGGUGCAGAGGAGAGCUGAGGAGGAGCUGAGAGAAGAGGAGCAGAGGAGAGAGAGAGAGUUAGUGCAGUGUGAGUCCCUGAAAGAAGCGUCUCGUCAGUGGAUCUCAGAUCUUCAGGAAAAACUGGAUUCACUGAAAAAGCUCAGAGCAGAAGAACGACUGCAGAGGGCUCAGAGCCUCCUCCAGUCCAAAUCAGAGGGACACUCUCGGCUGCAGGAGCUCAGGAGACGUGUCCCUCCAGAUCUCAGAGAGGACAUGUGUCCCUCUCUGGAGCAGAUGGAGACACAGUGGACAAAGCUUCUGCAGGACGUCCGGCUGGUCCUGGAUCAGUCCCAGAGACGCUGUGUCCUGGAGAACCUCCUCAAGGACUAUUACCUCAGCAGGGACCAGAACCAGGCCUGGAUCCAGAGUAGACGGGAGGAGCUGGAGGAGAGCAAGGAGGCAGAGGAGGUCCUCAUCAAGGCACAGCUGGUGCUGAGCUCCAGACCUGAAGGGGACUCUAAACUCUGCAGCCUGAGCAGACUGAGCCAGGCUGUCCUGGCCCAGGAGGAGAUGGGGGAGGAGCUGGGGGAGGAGCUGAAGGAGGACCUGGAGGAGAACCUGAGGCUGAGGCUGGACCAGGACCUCACUGAGGCCCAGUUCCAGUGGAGGCAGCUGCUGGAGCGAGCAGAGAGCAGACUGAGCCAGGCCCAGCUCCAACUGAGUCUCCACAGGGAGAUGGAGGCCUUUAGGACCCAGUCCAACAGCACCUCCUCUUGGGUGUCAGAGCAGAGGAGGGGCCUGGAGGAGAAAGGGUCUGGAACCACAGGGACUCUGCAUGAGAUCCAAGAUCGCCUUCUCACUGCACAGAUGGUGAUUAGCUGCAGAGAACAUGGAGACGAUCAGAUGGAGGCGCUGCAGAGACGAGCCCAGAGUCUGAUCCAAAACCCAGAUCUAGAACCAGAGCAGAGAGAGGAGGUGCAGAGGAGCGUGAGGGAGACGGAGGAGGCGUGGAAGGAGGCCUUGAAGAGAGCAGAGACCUCCCACAGUGCUCUGCAAGGUCUGGUGGAGCGGCUGGUCUCCUAUGAGGCCCUGAGACUGCAGCUCCAGUCGCGCCUGUCAGAGCUGCAGUCACAGGGCCCCGGCCCCCUGCUGUUCCCCUGGCCUGGACUGGGAGAGAGGAGGCAGGCUGCAGACCAGACCAGGACCAGGAUGGACCAGACCAGGACUCUAGUCCCACUGCUGAGGGAGGCACACACACAGGCCUCAGACCUGGCAGAGCUGACUCAGGACCCGUCCCUGAGCUCCACAGAGUGGGAAGAGCAGGAGCAGAGCGUCCUCCAGGUGCUGCGGCAGCUCUCGGAGAGCCUGGUGUCUCUGGAGGAGGGUGUCCUGGUGGAGAGGCAGUGCACUCAGCUGAUAGAGCAGCACACAGCGGCUCAGGACUGGAUACGAGACCAGGUCCGGACUCUGGGACCGACUCCUGAAGACCGACCAGGACUGCUCAGCUCCCUCAACACCCUCAAGGCCUUGCUUCAGACGGUGCAGAGGGAGCAGAGGGAGAUGAAGGAGGUGGACUCCUCUGCAGAAGCUCUGAUGAAGCUCCUCUCUGAAGGAGGUCAGGCCGCUCUCUCUCUGGACCUCAGUCACCUUCAUCACCUCCUCAGGAGCUCUGAGGAGGUGCUCCGACUCCACCUGGGUCAGUGUGAGGAGCGUCUGCUGCAGGAGGAGCAGAGAGAGGAGCAGAAGGUCCAUCAGAGAGAGCAGCAGGAGCAGAAGGAGCAGGAGCAGAAGGAGCAGCAGCAGAAGGAGCAGGAGCAGAAGGAGCAGCAGGAGCAGAAGGAGCAGCAGGAGCAGGAGGAGCAGCAGCAGAAGGAACAGCAGCAGCAGAAGGAGCAGCAGGAGCAGGAGGAGCAGCAGGAGCAGAAGGAGCAGCAGCAGAAGGAGCAGCAGCAGCAGAAGGAGCAGCAGCAGAAGGAGCAGCAGCAGAAGGAGCAGGAGCAGAAGGAGCAGCAGCAGAAGGAGCAGAAGGAGCAGCAGCUGAAGGAGAGCACCUCCUUGCUGCAGUGGGAGCUCCGGUCUCUGGAGCAGGCUCUGACCUACAGCCCCCAGAACAUCACACAGAUGCAGCAGCACUGGACCAGCCUCCAGAAGUGUGAGCAGUUGCUUCUGACCCUGAGGAUGAAGUUAGAUUGUCUUUUGGAGGAAAAACAUCUGACCUUUGACCUCAGCUCAACCAUAAAGGCAUUGUCCCAACAACACAACAGUUUGAGCUCUCAGCUCCUGCAGCAUCAGGCCUCCUGCUGCUCGGCCGCAGCCCACGCUUUGAAACGCUGUGUCCAGAAGCUGCAAGACUGGAGCUGCAGCGACACGCCCCAGUCCAGCUCAGCUCUGCAGGAGGCGCUGCAGCAGGAGGAGCAGUUGGAGGAGGACCUGCAGGAGGCGCUGUCUCACUGGCACCUCCUCAGAGAAAGUCUGUCUCCUUCAGAGGUGGUCUCACUGCAGCAGGAGAGCAAGGAGGUGCUGGAGGAGGCGCAGGCUCACAGGGACCGGAUGGAGAAGAAAAAACAGGAGCUUGAGGCCAAACCCCAAGUCAAAUCUACAACGCCUCAAACUUCUGGUGAAGUCACUUUUGUGGUCCCCCCGAGAAAAAAGCGUUUACAGAUGACUCCAGCUGCGAGUCUUCAGUCCAUCAACCAAUCAGUGGGAGAGGAGGAGCCUGCUGCCAGAGACACAAAGGAAGUCACCGCAACUGAGCAUGGAGCGGCUGAGGAAAGGGCCGCAGAUACAGAAGAUUCAAAAAGAGAAACUCCGGUCCCACUGACAAGGAAAUCCAAGAAGGCGUCCACUGAGCCAGAGACAAAACAGAGGAAGAUUGAAGCUAAAAUUCAACAAGAUACUUCUGAAACCAAGAAAAUAGCAACAAUUCUUCUUGAAGCACAGCCGUGUGCGCUCUCCACUGACGCUAACACCACAAGGGACGAGAGAACUGUGAAAGAACAGGAGACCAGUGUUGGAGACAAACCAGAGGCAACUCCUGAAGGAGCCGAGGCUGCACCACCGAAGCGUAAACCCAGAAGUCCAAAGAUCUCUCCAACACAAAAAGAGGAGUUACCAGAAAGCUCAGCUGCAGAUGUUAGUCCAGUGACUGCACCUGCAAGAAGAAAGUCAAAGACCUCACCGCCCUCUGACAUGUUGACUGAGAAAUCAGGCAAAGAAAGUGCAGAAACAGCUCCAUUUUCGCCAACAAAAAGGAGGUUGAAAAAGUCUUCCCCAGAAACUAAAGCAGUGGGUGGAUCCACGGAGGAGACCAAGGUCUUGGUAAUGGAAGAGGCUGAAGAUGACCAAAAUGAAACAGCAGAGAAACUCAAGAAGGCAACUCCAAGAAGAAAAUCCAAGACAGAGAUGCAGCAAAAGACAUCACAAGACAUUUCUGCAUCAUCAGAGUCUAUAAAUGCUCCAGAAGCUUCUGAUAAUGGCAAAGUGUCUCCACCAAAGACGAAAGCAAGAGCUCCCAAGAUGUCCCCUGCAACUGUGGACAAAGACGAACAUAACAGAGUUGAUAGUCAAGAUUCAGGCACAACUCUGGCAUCGACCGAGUCUUGCAUGGAGACUGCUGAGCUCUCAUUGGAGAAAAUGAUUGAGGAAAGUGGGAACUUGACACAAAGAAGAAGGAAAUCAAAGAAUCUACAAAGAAUGUCGUCCGAUCUUCCUAAGAAGGAGGAAGAAGAGACCAACGUUGAAGUCAAGGCUAAAACAUCUCCAACAGAGAGUACAGCUUUGGAGAGCUGUAGCAUCUCACCACCAAAAAGAAGAUCCAAGAAAUCUAAAUCCUCUCCAGAAAUGUCUAGAAAAGAAGUGGAAGACAAAACAAUCCAGACUCCACCUGUGUCUGAGACGACUGGAACGAUGUCUCCCUCAAAACGCAGGUCAAAGAGCAAGAAGUUCGCUGCUCAGUAUACUGCUGAAGUGUCUCCAAUGGACGUUCCAACCAAUUCGAUGGAUGAGAUGAAGAAAUGUGCUGCAAUAAUUCUGGAAAUCCCUGGCACUGUUCCCCAAAUGAUUUUUGAACAAAGUGAAUUGUCACCAAUCGAAGAUCAGGCCCUAAAUGUGUUUCCAAGUAAAGAUGACAUGGCUCACACUGUUGAAAUUCAAACCACUGUAGAAAGCCUGGUUCCUGUGCCGGCGGCAGCUGUUGGCUUUGAUCAAACACAGAAAACGAAAGAGAAGAAAGUAGCUACACUCAUUUUGGAAAGGUCAGACUUUGUUGACCCAACUGUUGGCGUGAACCCAAACGCUAAUGUUGAGCCAGAAAAAGCCAAGGUCAAAGGAAAUCUCCAAGAAGUCCCAAAAGAAGCGUCUGUUCAAAUGGAAACAGUUACAGUGAGUGAUCCAGCUGAGCACAUGGACGUCAGCUUCACUACUGCAGACAGUGAAAAGAAAGUGGCUGUAAUUGUGUUGGAAAUGCCACAAGAACUUCCAACAACAGAAUCUAAAUCUGCUGAGAAAGAUCCCAAUAAGACUAUUGAGAGUAAAGAGGACAAAACGACUGCUAAACAGUCUCAAAUUAGUCCAGAAAUUGAAGAAAUAGCUCUUCCAAGCGAAGUCCUGCCUGAACAUAUACCUGCAGACGAAAUUCAAACAGUGGACGAGUCUGAGGCAUCAACAACCAAACAAAAGAGAAAGACACGGAAACACAGAAAGACAAGCAAAGACAGGGAUCUGGAGGAGGAGCUAGUGCCUUCUAUCAUCCAAGAGAUACCUGCAGACGAAAGUCAAACAGUGGACGAGUCUGAGGCCUCAACAACCAAACAAAAGAGAAAGACACGGAAACACAGAAAGACAAGCAAAGACAGGGAUCUGGAGGAGGAGCUAGUGCCUUCUAUCAUCCAAGAGAUACCUGCAGACGAAAGUCAAACAGUGGACGAGUCUGAGGCCUCAACAACCAAACAAAAGAGAAAGACACGGAAACACAGAAAGACAAGCAAAGACAGGGAUCUGGAGGAGGACCUAGUGCCUUCUAUCAUCCAAGAGAUACCUGCAGACGAAAGUCAAACAGUGGACGAGUCUGAGGCCUCAACAACCAAACAAAAGAGAAAGACACGGAAACACAGAAAGACAAGCAAAGACAGGGAUCUGGAGGAGGACCUAGUGCCUUCUAUCAUCCAAGAGAUACCUGCAGAAGAAAGUCAAACAGUGGACGAGUCUGAGGCAUCAACAACCAAACAAAAGAGGAAUACACGGAAACACAGAAAGACAAGCAAAGACAACGAUCUGGAGGAGGUGGAGACGCCUACCGACUCCCAAGUGGAAAAACCACAGACUGUAAUAACUGAACCAGAGGAAAAACAAGUUCCACCAGAGCAGGUCCAAACAGUUAAGGAAGUGAAGGAAUCUCCCAAAGACACUCUUCAAAUUGAACCACAAGAGCUGAAUUUGGUGGUGUGUGAAGCUCCACCAACUCGGCCCCAACCAGAACCUGCUGUAGGUAUCGAUAAAACAUCACCAUCAGACACCAACACAACUGUUCCAAUCGAGCCACAAGAGCUGAGAUUGGUCGUCUGUGAAAAGGAAGAAACUCACCCUCAAAGGGAGGAACUGACACGAGACACAAGUGUCUUUGAGGUUUCUGAGUCCGAUCAACCUCUGAGUCCACCUGUCGAGAUACCUGCAGAAGAAAGUCAAACAGUGGACGAGUCUGAGGCAUCAACAACCAAACAAAAGAGAAAGACACGGAAACACAGAAAGACAAGCAAAGACAAGGAUCUGGAGGAGACACUACUGGUUCUACUGCCAAGACUCAAGAACAAGAAACAGAACUGGUCAAAGGACAAACUACAGGAGUCCAAGCCUCUUCAGGAGAACCCGUCCAAGCCUCUACAGGAGAACCAGUCCAAGUCUUUACAGGAGAACCAGUCCAAGCCUCUACAGGAGAACCAGUCCAAGUCUUUACAGGAGAACCAGUCCAAGCCGGUUCAGGAGAACCAGUCCAAGCCUCUACAGGAGAACCAGUCCAAGUCUUUUCAGGAGAACCAGCCCAAGCCUCUACAGGAGAACCAGUACAAGCCUCUUCAGGAAAACCAGCCCAAGCCUCUUCAGGAGAACCAGCCCAAGCCUCUACAGGAGAACCAGCACAAGCCUCUUCAGGAAAACCAGCCCAAGCCUCUUCAGGAGAACCAGUCCAAGCCUUUUCAGGAGAACCAGCCCAAGCCUCUUCAGGAAAACCAGCCCAAGCCUCUUCAGGAGAACCAGUCCAAGCCUUUUCAGGAGAACCAGCCCAAGCCUCUUCAGGAAAACCAGCCCAAGCCUCUUCAGGAGAACCAGCACAAGCCUCUUCAGGAGAACCAGCCCAAGCCUCUUCAGGAGAACCAGUCCAAUCCUCUACCAGAGAACCAGUCCAAGCCUCUAAAGGGAAACCAACCCAAGCCUCUACAGAUCUCGAGGACAUGA